AUGAGUGUCAAAAUGCCUACCAGUGAAGACGAUGAUUCGCAAACCGGGUUCAUCUCCGAACCAACCCCAGGAAUGUCAAAAGCGGAGCUAAGAAAGACGAACAAACCCAUAAUGGAGAAGAAAAGGCGCGCUCGGAUAAAUCGCUGUCUGAACGAACUCAAAGACUUGUUGCUGGACUCUGAGAAAGAUCCAACUCGUCACUCGAAGCUCGAAAAGGCGGACAUCUUGGAGCUUACUGUGAAGCACCUUCAGAAACUUCAGCGCCAGCAGCUGGCGGCCGCGAUAGCCGCAGACCCCGCCGUGCUGCAGCGCUUCAAGUCCGGCUUCGGCGACUGCGCGGUCGAGGUACGCCGGUACCUGUCACGGUUAGCCAGCGUUCCCACCGGACUAAGGCAUCGGCUCGGGAACCACCUCACGUCUUGUAUAUCGGGGAUCGAAAGACUGCAUCCCCCGGUGGAUUACGGGUCACUAGUUCCUGAUCCGUUGAGGCUGGACGACGACCGACCGAGCGCCUUCCAUUUCGUCAAAUCUUUAAGACCGACCAGUCCGCCUCUGAGUCCGCUGUCCUGCGACUCCGCCUGCGACUCCUCAACUGAACUAGAAACUCCUCCACGUCCGGUCCAAGCAUUCCCCUUUCCGACGCCGCCGAGCAGGUCCGCCUCGGAUCAAGACUCGAGCCCCGAAACCCAAAAACCUACAGUAUCUUCAACGACGAUAUCACCCGAAACUUUGAAACAGGAAGCAUUGAAGACCAAAAAAUACAUGGAACCUUUGUCCAUAGUUAUAGACGUUGAAAACUACAAAAUAGGGAUAGACGCGUCCCCUAAGAGGGCGGUAGAUUAUUCGAUACGGCACAAGCUUAAAAGACCGAUGGUCGACUUGACUGGGCCGAUACCGAAACUGCCCAGAGUAGACCCGGAGGGGACACCCGUAAUGCCAGAGAAAAGAAUGUAUCGUUCACCGGAAAAAGUAUCUGCCUUCAAGCGCGUACCGGAACGACAUCCGGUUUAUGUUGAAAGGAGAUUGACUAUACCCGAAAGUAUCCCAUCGGUUGGCGAAAGAUUAUCACUUCCAACGACGUCUAGGACGGUCAUAAGUCACACGGCGGUAUCGUUAGCGCAAUCCUCUCGAAAAGACCAAGAUAGAGAGACCAGGCAAGAGGCCGAUACGAGUUCUAAGUCUCCGGGGCAAGGAACAUCGAGCGGUUCGGAAAUGUGGAGACCCUGGUGA